GGCAGGAGUAAUAUUACAUUUAUAUUUUCAGAGAUUCUCUUGGGCUUCUUAGUCUCAAGAAUCGAGAUUCUUGAUUUAAAGAGAUUUAGAAGAUUUGUUCUUGUUUUUAGUUUCCAGUUUUUGGUAUCUAUCAUUUUGGUAUCGGAGCCUAGAUCUUGCCCAACUAUGGUAAACACUCGAUCUUCCGCAACUGAUGGCAAUCCUGAUGUCGGCAACACCCUAGCACAACAGAAUGAUACCUUGGCCGCCAUCGCUGCCCGACUGGACAUUCUGGAUGAGUUACGAGACAAAGUAGCAGCUUUAGAAGUCCACAACCGCAAUCCAACAACAAAGAAGAAGAUCUAUGCUGACAAUUCCGAGGAGGAAUCAGAAUCUCAUUCACGACGACACUUCCAGCCUCUGUAUGCAAAAAUUGAGUUUCCCAAAUUCUCAGGAGGUGACCCACGUGGUUGGAUUUUGAAAGCAGAGAAAUAUUUUCGGUACUAUGAAACACCGGAUGAAGAAAAGGUGGACAUAGCGUCGAUGUAUCUUGAAGGAGAUGCAUUGGACAUGUUUUCUUGGGCUUUAUCGGUGUUGUACUGGGAGGAAUUGGUCAAGAUAUUGCAAGAACAAUACGGACCUCCGGAAUACCAAAAUCCAGAUGAGUACCUCGCAGCUGUUCAACAGGUGGAAACUGUCCAAGAAUAUCGUGUGGAAUGGGCGCGACGAGUAGCAAGGGUGAAAAAUUGGCCCGAUCACUGCCUGCUUGGGAUUUUCCUGAACGGAUUGAAGGAGGAAUUGCGCUCUGAGGUGAGAAUACACAAACCUCAGAGUGUCUAUCGUGCGACAAGUUUGGCCCUAGAGAUGGAGAAAAAGCUGCAGGGUACCCAAAGUACCCGACCUUGUUCAACUGCAAGUUCAGCCCGAGCCACUUACAGCACCAACUCGGGCAGGAAUCAAUCUGUACCUGAUUCGUCAGCAAAGACCUUGACUUCGCACAAUCCUACGUCGCAAAACCCAGGUUCCUCACAAUCAGUCAUUCCCUUUCGCUCUAAUUCGUGGGAUACUACUCGGCAAGAACGACGAAACAAAGGGCUCUGUUUCCGCUGGGGAGACCCAUUUCGACCAGGGCACCGUUUUACGACAUCCACUUUCUCACUAAUGGAAGUAGAUGUGGAAGGAAAUCCAAUUCCGGAAACAUUUGAGCCUGCUCCUAAAAUGGAAGAAAUCAUAGAAGAGGCAGAAAUUUCUUUCAAUGCCAUUCUUGGGACAUCAUCAGCGGCAACAAUGAAACUACAAGGAUCAAUUCAAAACCGCAAUGUCCUAUGUUUGGUUGAUAGCGGCUCCACCCACAACUUCAUCUCAGAAAGGUUGGUAAAUGAAUUAAAUUUAGUUAUCACCUCUAUUCCGGUGUUGGGGGUACAGAUUGGGGAUGGCAGCCUUGUGCGAUGUGGAAAAAUAUGCAAGGCCGUAAAGUUGCAGCUUCCAGGUUUGAGUAUUACUCAGGAUUUUUAUCCAUUUUCUCUCUCUGGAUCUGAUCUCGUGCUAGGCAUCAAGUGGUUGGCUUCUCUGAACACUAUUCAAGCCAACUGGAAUGAAAUGUUUCUGAUUUUCUGGGUAGAUGGGAAAAGAUGUCUGAAUGGUUCAGCACUUAAUGGUUCAGACUGUUUGUUUCAGCCUCUUAAUGGUUCAGAUGUCUGAAUGGUUAAGAGAUUUGCCUCUGAAUGGUUAAGUAUUAUACAGAGUCUGAAUGGUUAAGACCUCUUAUCUGAAUUGAUCAGACAUUUGCCUCUGAAUAGUUAAGCAAUAUACUAGCUCUUAAUGGUUCAGACCUCUUACUGGUUCAGCACUUAAUGGUUCAGACCUCUUACUGGUUCAGCACUUACCCAUUCAGAA